AUGUUCAUCUACGGCCAUUGUCUCAAUGUCUUGGACCUUACCGCGGCCGCUCUCCUCCUCUUCACCCUCGCAGCCGUCAUCCGCCGCCAUCUCGCCCUCCGACACAUCCCCGGUCCCUUCCUCGCCUCUCUCACUGACAUAUGGCUCCUCUGUGUCAUGCGCUUCGGCGACUACCGCCAGACCACCGCCAGCCUCGCCGCCCGAUACCCCAACAGCAAAUUGAUCCGCUACGGCCCCCAUCGCGUCCUUUUCAGCGACCAACACGCCAUCCCGCUCGUCUACGGCACGACCAAGCCCUUUCCGAAAGCCGCCUCGUACAACACGGUCUCACCAUACAUCCCUGGCCGCGGCGUUGUGUCAACUCUGCUUUCCAGUCGUGACGAAACCCAAAUCUCCGCUAUAAAGCGCCACAUUGCACACGUCUUCAGCACCACGGCAGUCCUCGAAUUCGAGCACCACAUCGACGACAGCAUCACCCAGCUACUCGCGGCCCUGGCAUCCGCCGGCCCACAAGUCAACCUCCAACACGACGACACGCCUCUCGCGUCUCGAACAGCUGCGGUCGCCGACACCAGCCGCGGCGGCCAGAUCCGCUUCGCGCACUGGAAUAACUGGCUCGCGGCGCCCUAUCUCGAAUCGCUAGUCUUUAAGAACCCUCUCCUCGCACACUUUGCGAGACCAGAGCUCAUCACGACCAUAGCCGCCAAGCGUGUCGUGGAGCGUACUGAGAAGGGUGGCGCGGCGUUCGCACACGCCGAUCUGCUGGACAGGUUCUUUCAAGCCCAGCAGAAAGAUCCAGAGUUGUUCUCCAACCCGCGCAUUGUAGCGUUGGCCCUGGCGGUCGUGCAUGGCGGGACGGAGACGACGGCGCACAGCCUUACGAUCCUCUUCUACCUUCUCCUCCGACAUCCCAAGUCCCUUGCGCGCGUGCAGCAGGAGAUUGGUGAAGCGACCUUCUCGCGUUUCCCACCACCCUAUACCGAAGCCGCAAACCAACUGCCGUAUUUGGAGGCGUGCAUCAAAGAAGCUCAACGCGUCCAACCCCUUCAAUCAGGCCCGACUGAACGCGAAGUUCCCGUAGGCGGCGUAGCUAUCGCUGGGACGUUCUUGCCUGGCGGCACGGUCGUGAGCCUGAACAAAGCAGCCCUGCAACUCGACCGCAGCGUCUUCGACCCACACGAUCGGUACGACGUGCACGAGUUCUUACCUGAGAGGUGGCUCGAUGGGAUCGAUGCGGCGCAGGCGAGUUUGAUGAACCGCACGAAUUUCGCGUUUAGUCAUGGCAAGAGGGUUUGUUUGGGAGUGCAUUUGGCGUGGGCGGAGAUGCUGAAAGUGACGGCGAGUUUACUGAUGCGGUUCGAGGUGCAAUUGGUGGAUCCGGGGUGUCGGUUGGAGGUGAAGAGGGGGAUGACGGCGAUUGUUACGGGAAGGGGAUUGCCUGUGUUGUUGCGGGAGCGGGUGUGA